ACUACUUGGUGGUAUCAGAAAUCUACGAUUCUCCUAGUGAGGUUUUUGAAGUGUGGAUAAUCUGGAGCUAGGGAUUUACACUGCUAGAUAGUGGAUUUAUCAAUUUUCCGCAUCAGAAAUGGGAAAUGCGUCGGAGAAUUUCGAUAUCGAAGAUCUCAUGUCUUAUGGAGACGAUUUGAUCAACUUAUUGGAUGUUAGGAAUGGGUUUGAUGUGAUAUCUCAAAGUUUUGAGCAGUUUCAAGCUCUCAAUUUUGCUUGCGACGAGGAUUUCAAUCAGAUACAAGGCUCUAUUGAAGAUUGUAAGAAGAAACUCGAUGUUUGUAAGAAGAAAACUGAGGAAGCAUAUUCAGAUGUUGCGGCUGAAGAUGAAAUUGAACUAGUCGCUGAUGAAUUCAAGGACCUGAAUGCUCAAUUGAUAUCGAUUGAUGAACAUAAGCAAUCUACAAAGAGAAAAGAGCGGGACGGCUUGAGAGCUGAGAAAAAGCUGUCUAUGUAUGCUUCUGUCACGAAAGUUAUACCGGACAUUGAUGGUCCAUCAAAGAUCUCAGGCUAUAUGGUAGAUCGUGAAAAGAGGGUAAUUGAAAAGUUUCAAUUCGAGACGAAUAAGAUGACAGCCUACGAGACAUGUAACAGUAUCUGGAGCAUCAUAAACAAACAAUAGACUGAUUUGGCAUCAGUUCAUUUGUAUGAUAUAUCUGUGUGAUCAGUCUUGGUUUUAGCUUAGCAACCAAAACUUCUUUUUCUACCAACAUUUCCUUAGAUGUAAACACUUUCUGCUUUAGUUAAAUUUGGAUUUUUGUGAUUUGAUUUUGAAUCUUUUUCUCCUGUAACAUCACCAUCAAUCUAAGAAUAUUUUCCU